AUGAACCAACUGGGAAACCAAACCGGUUUGCAGCUCAGUUUUCAGUUCGUGCCAGGGCGACUGGGUGUGCUCCCUGCUCCUAUAGCGACACAGUCAUCGUCACACCACUGCUGCCUCCCGGGGCGCACGGGUGCCGUGUUGAGAGGCAUCGCCCGGGCUGCUUGCCAGGAAGCCCGUCACCACCUCUGUGCCUGCGCCUGCCCCCCAACUGGGCUGGGGACCUGGGGGAAGAGGGCUGCAGAGGAAGCUCUUGGAGUCCAUGGGCUUCAAUGUGGCAUCCGUAGCCGGAUCCUGAGGGCACCCUGUCUCCAGGGCAGCUCGGCUCCUUCCAACCCAGAGCAGGAGCCAAGCCUUGUUUGGAAAACGGUCCCUGGUUAUGGGAUGCCUGGGGGUGGUGGUGGAAAUGGGCCUUCCAAGGCUGAGGAGGAACUGGAGAUGCGGAUGCUGGAGAAAGAGCCUGGCUGUCCUCUUUUUGGGGAGAAGAGAGACGGCCAGGCCCGGAAAGAAUCGGGGUGCCAGGCUUUGGUUGCUGCUGAGGAGAUAUUCGGCUACAGAACCCGGGGCUUCUGGAAGGCCCUGUGCCUGGCCGGGUACGUCCUCUCCUGCGGAGCCCUCUGGCUGGUGUUCUACUGGAAGCCGGAGUGGGGCGUCUGGGCGACCUGCCAGCCGUGCGACCUGGAGGAAGCCGACACCGUCCUGCUACGAACAACGGAUGAAUUUCAGAAAUGCACCAAGAAGAAGGUGAUCCUGCUCGACCUGUCGAAGGUCCUGGAGAGUGAAAAGCUGGACCACCUCUUCAGUGCCGACCACGAAUCCGUCAUCACCAGAGCCAUCAGGAAGCCUGACUUGAAAGUGAGGUACAUCCAGGCACAGAAAAUCCGCUACGUCUGGGACAUCCUUGGGAAAGAGUUUGUCAGAGUCGGGUCGCUUGAGGACAGCAACACCUGUUCUGACAUUCACCGCAAAUUCGGAGAUGGGCUGACGAGGAAAGAGAAGGACCUCAGGAAGGUGGUAUGUGGACCGAACACCAUUGAAAUCGAGAUCCGCCCCAUCUGGAAAUUGCUUUUCAAGGAGAUUCUGAACCCUUUUUAUGUGUUCCAAUCCGUCAAACUGCACAACCUGGUGGAGGAGCACAACAGGGUCGAGGUCACAGCCUGGACUAAGCAUGAAGGUGCCCAGAAGAUGGAGUCCUGCCACUUAGUCCCCGGGGACAUCCUUCUCCUGGAAGGGCAGAAGUUUUCUCUGCCCUGUGACGCCAUCCUGCUGGAGGGAGGCUGCGUGGUCAACGAGGGGAUGCUGACAGGCGAAAGUGUUCCGGUGACCAAGACCUCCUUGCCCCACGCUGACCAGACCCUGCCCUGGAAGAAGCACAGCACGGAGGAUUACCGGCGCCACGUCCUCUUCUGCGGCACGGAGAUCAUCCAGACCAGGAGGGCCAGCAAAGGCCCGGCCAUAGCGGUUGUGCUGCAGACGGCCUUCACUCUGAGCCUCUGGCUGGCUCAAGGCUAUAUUGAGUAUUCCAUUGCCAUCAUCAUCCUGUCCAUCAUCUCCAUUGCCCUCACCGUCUAUGACCUUCGGCAGCAAUCCGUCAAACUGCACAACCUGGUGGAGGAGCACAACAGGGUCGAGGUCACAGCCUGGUCUAAGUACGAAGGUACACAUGGCGGGACCCUGGAUGGAGACGGAGGGGGGGGUGCUUCUGGGUUUUUCCCUCCACACCAGCCUCUUUGCGUCCGAGCAUCUCUCAACGCAGCCCUGACUGAGCCCUCUGUGGCUGGGAUGAAACCAGCGGCCGACACCGUGGCCAUGGCCCUCCUCCUGCUGACGGUCGCCGUCCCUCCCGCCAUCCCGGCCGCCUUGACCACCGGCAUCGUUUACGCCCAGAGGAGGCUGAAGAAGAAGAAGAUCUUCUGCAUCAGCCCCCAGAGGAUCAACAUCUGCGGGCAGAUCAACCUGGUGUGCUUUGACAAGACUGGCACCCUGACCGAGGACGGGCUCAAUCUCUGGGGCGUCAUCCCUUGCCGGAAGAGGAGUUUCCAGGACGUCCACUCCUUCUCCUCCGGCUCCCCUUUGCCCUGGGGCCCCCUGUGCCGAGCCAUGGCAACCUGCCACUCCCUGUUGCUCUUGGACGGGAGGAUCCAGGGAGACCCGCUGGACCUGGAGAUGUUUCAGGGCACCGACUGGGAGAUGGAGGAGUCCCCUCGAAAGGGAGGCACAGGCUGCUCAUCACAGACACUGUUAACCAUCGUUAAGCCAGGACCUGCUGCUUCCCAGGCCCCGGUGGAAGGGAUCGCGAUCCUGCGCCAGUUCCCCUUCUCCUCCGCUCUGCAGAGGAUGUCCGUCCUGACCCAAGAACUCGGCAAGGAGGCCUACGAGCUCUACAUGAAGGGGGCCCCGGAGAGGGUGGCCAGCUUCUGCAACCCAGCAACGGUUCCUGCAAACUUCCAAGAGGAGCUGGAACGCUGCACCUCGCAAGGCUUCCGAGUCAUCGCUCUGGCGCACAAGGAGCAACCCUUAAAGGGAGGGGUGGACCUGGCGGACUUGGAAAGGGAUGAGGUGGAGUCGGACCUGACCUUCCUGGGCCUGCUGGUCAUGGAGAACCGGCUGAAGAGCGAGACGAAGCCGGUCCUGGAGGAGCUGAGCAACGCCCGCAUCCGGAGCGUGAUGGUCACAGGGGACAAUCUUGAGACCGCUGUCACCGUCGCCAAGCACUCUGGGAUGGUCUCCGGCAGCAGCAAAGUGAUCCUCGUGGAGGCCAGCGAGCCCGAGGAGACGCAGCUGGCCUCCAUCACCUGGCAGCUGGUGGAGGAGACGCAGCCGUGCAAGGGAGAAAUCCAGGAUCCCUGCAUUACCAUGGAGCUUGGUGGCGGCGGCGGCAGCAGCAGCAAAAGCAGCAGCAACUUCGAUUUUGUCCUGAACGGAAGAUCUUAUCAGGUCCUCCAGAAAUACUUCCCUAGUUUGCUACCAAAGAUCCUUAUGAACGCCACGGUAUUUGCAAGGAUGUCUCCAGGCCAGAAGUCCAGCCUUGUGGAAGAAUUUCAGAAACUGGAUUACUACGUGGGGAUGUGCGGAGAUGGUGCCAACGACUGCGGGGCUUUGAAAACGGCGCAUGCUGGGAUCUCCCUUUCUGAGCAUGAGGCCUCGGUGGCUUCGCCCUUCACCUCCCAAACCCCCAACAUCGAGUGCGUGCCGGAGCUGAUACGGGAAGGACGGGCCGCCCUCGUCUCCUCCUUUGCCGUCUUUAAAUACUUGACCCUCUAUGGCUUGGUGCAGUUCAUUGGCACUGCUCUCCUUUACUGGCAAACACAGAUCUUUGGGAAUUACCAGUACCUUAUGCAGGACGUUUGCAUCACCCUGGUCGUCUGCCUGACAAUGAGCCUGACCCAGGCUUACCCCACGCUCGCUCCUUACCGCCCCCCUGGACGCCUCCUCUCUCCUUCCCUGCUGCUCUCCGUCGUCCUCAACGUCGGCUUUGCCCUCGCCGUGCAGGUCUCUGGCUUCCUCUUCGUGAAGCAGCAGCCCUGGUACUCGGAGCUGCGGAGCCACAGGGGAUGCCCCUCCGGGAACCGGCCCCUCUUCCCAGGCAACGGGACUGCCAACGCCACGGCGGAAGACCACAGUGUGUUGAGCUACGAGGACACCACCCUGUGGCCUCUUGUCACCAUCGACUGCCUCAUCGUGGCCUUUGUCUUCUCCAAGGGGAAGCCCUUCCGGAAGCCCAUCUACUCCAACUAUCUUUUCUCCAUCCUGCUGUGCCUCCAGCUCGGGGUUUGCCUCUUUCUCCUCUUUGCGGACAUCGAUUCUGUGUACAGGGGGAUGAUGCUUCUCUGCACCCCAGUCACCUGGAGGGUUUACGUCCUGAUCACGCUGGUGGUCAAGUUUUUGGUCUCCUUCUUUGUGGAGGACGCCCUCCUGCAGAACUACGGCCUCUGGCUCUGGAUCAAGGCUCUCUUCCGGUUCCGUUCGUCCAGCCAGUACCGGAAGCUGUAGCGGCAGUUGGAAGCGGACACCUCGUGGCCUCCCGUGAACCGAAGGGAUUGGGCCACCGAGGGGACAAGCGAGGCCUACAUCAACCCUGCCUUCGAUGACCGGGAAGAGAAGUAG